AUGAGAAUUGGUAUUAAUAGAAAGAGGGAACCGUGGUUUGCACUUGGUGAUUUUAAUGAGAUAGUCAGCAACCAAGAGAAGAUAGGAGGCAGAGUACGCCCUGAAGCUUCCUUUCAUGAUUUCGGAUCGAUGAUGAGAACUUGUGGUUUUACUGAUCUUCAGUCUGUUGGGGAUCGUUUCUCGUGGGCUGGUCAGAGAGGUUCUCACCUGGUUAGAUGCUGUCUGGAUCGCACAAUGGCUACUGGUAGUUGGUUCGACCUAUUUCCUGUCUCGCAUACGGAGUAUCUUGAGAUGGGUGAAUCAGACCAUCGCCCAAUGAUCACAUUCAUGUCAGCAGAAAGAGAAAAACCUCGAAGAUUCUUCAGAUAUGACAAUAGAAUGUUACAUAAAGAAGGUUUUAAAGAUACUGUGCGUAGAGGAUGGUGUGGCAUGGGACAAUCUCAACUUGUUCGCAUCCCGUUAACACAAAGAAUCAGUCGUUGUCGUCAACAUAUAUCUCAAUGGAAGAGACUCAAUAGAAACAACGCUGAGGAAAGGAUUAGCUCCCUAAGAAAUAAGUUGGAUAACGCGGUUACCUCUACAGCUUUUUCCACAGAGGAAAGGAAUGCUAUCAAGGAUGAUCUUAAUCAAGCAUACCUUGAAGAAGAGAUUUACUGGAAGCAGAAAAGUAGAAUCACGUGGCUAAGGUCAGGGGACCGAAAUACACGAUAUUUUCACGCGGUUACCAAAGCUAGAAGAACUAGAAAUACUAUAAGUUCCAUUCAAGACGAGCAUGGUGUCAUACGUAAAGGUCAUAAGGAAGUAGCUGAGGUGGCUACAACAUACUUUCAGAACUUAUUUUCUUCGGAGGAGAUAAAUUUGAAUCUCUAUAAUGAAGUUUUUUUGGGAUUCACACCGCGGGUUACUCAAGAUAUGAAUGAUGAUCUAACAAAGCCGAUUACUGAAGAAGAAGUUCAAGCUGCUUUGUUUGAUAUGGGACCUCAUCGUGCUCCUGGACCUGACGGAUUCUCAGCGGUUUUCUAUCAGAAGUUCUGGUCAGAGUGUAAAGCAGAUAUAAUGGAAGAAAUAGAUAAAUUCUUCAAUACAGGAGAGCUAGAUCAACAACAUAACCAUACAAACCUCUGCCUCAUUCCAAAGAUAUAUCCCCCUAUGGGUAUGAAGGAGUUUCGCCCUAUUGCUUUAUGCAAUGUCUCAUACAAGAUUAUAUCCAAAAUAUUGGUGAACCGGUUGAAGACUCAUCUCCCUAAUAUUAUUUCGGAGUAUCAGAAUGCUUUCAUUCCAGGCAGGUUGAUCUCAGACAACAUUGUUGUGGCUCAUGAAAUAUUCCACAGUCUCAAGGCUCGGAAGAGACAAUCCAACUCAUACAUGGCGGUCAAGACUGAUAUCACAAAAGCUUAUGACCGACUUGAAUGGAAGUUCCUGCAAGAAACGAUGCAGCAUAUGGUCUUAUCUCACCUGUGCAUCAAAGCUAUGAAUGACCGUUCUCUUCUUGGAGUAAAGAUAGCAGUUCAGACACCGGCUGUAAACCACUUGCUAUUCGCUGAUGAUUCACUGUUCUUCUCUUUGGCAAAUGUAAAAGCGGAAAAGAAGUUGAAGAGCAUCUUCUCAAAGUAUGAGGCUGUCUCAGGUCAAGCUAUUAACCUCAAUAAAUCUACAAUUACUUUUGGAAGUAGGGUUCGAGCUGAUAUUAGAACAAGAAUGCGGAAUGUCUUAGGAAUCCACAAUGAAGGGGUUAAGCAAGUAGUACAAGGAUGGAAACAGAAACACCUUACACAGGGAGGCAAGGAAGUACUACUCAAAUCCAUUGCAUUGGCAAUGCCUAUAUUCUCUAUGAAUAUAUUUCGGUUACCAAAGGACAUUUGCGAGGAGAUCAAUGCAAUUUUGGCAAGAUUUUGGUGGGGUUCAGGUGAGAAAAGAGGACUGCAUUGGUAUGCUUGGAGGAGAGUAUGCAUACCUAAGAAGGAAGGAGGACUAGGAUUUCGAGAUUUGGAAAGUUUUAAUCAAGCACUACUGGGGAAACAGGUAUGGAGAAUUCUACAGAACCCAAAUAUUUUGAUGGCGAGGAUUCUGAGAGCACGUUAUUUCCCUGAUGGAAAUAUAUUAAAUGCUACACUGAAGAGAAAGGCUUCUUAUGCUUGGAAAUCAAUCCUCCAUGGAAAGGAAUUGAUAGUAAAAGGGAUGAGAUAUAUAAUUGGAAAUGGAACAACAACCAAGAUGUGGGAAGACUCCUGGUUAAGCUUACAUCCACCUAGACCUCCACGACCAAGGAGAGACAUCAAUCACAACAUGAAGGUUAGUGAUUAUAUCAAUGACAACAGAACGGGAUGGAAUAUGGAAAAACUUCGAGAAGAUGUAGUUGAGGAAGAUCUUGCCACAAUUCAGGCACUAAGGAUUUCUUCUAAGGCUGAGCAAGAUCUGUUGGGCUGGCACUACAAUGAUAACGAUCUCUAUACAGUAAAAUCGGGGUAUUGGCUGGCAACGCAUCUCCCAGACAACAACUUUAUACCACCGACUUACGGGAAUGUCGAGCUGAAGAAAACAAUAUGGAAUACAAAGCUACCAACUAAAUUGCAACAUUUUCUUUGGAGACUAUCAUCUCGGAGCAUAGCUACAGGAAACAAUCUGCGAAGACGACAUGUAACAAGGGAUGUGAUAUGCAAAAGAUGCUGGUUAGAAGAAGAAACAGAGGAACAUCUAUUUUUCAAUUUUCCUUAUGCGAGGAAGAUCUGGAGAGCUUCAGAAGUGAUGCUCGAGAAUGGAAGAAUGUGGAUCAUCAAGACCCGGAUGCAUUACACUGUAAUAGUGCUUCUUCUGCGAUACCGGCGUGUGCUGGUUGGGUUGUUCGAGAUGAUAGAGGACGAUAUCAGGGAGCAGUACAUGCUCAAGGUUAUGCAGUUUGUUCAUCUUUGGAAAGCGAAUUCUAAGCUAUCCUUAUGGCACUACAACACUGCUGGAGGAAAGGAUAUAAGAAGAUUAUAA